AUGUCGAGCUCUCUGCGACGGUUCGCGAGCCAUUCUCGCCAGGCCUUUCGAUCCAAUGCCGCCCCAUUCUCAAGACUACUAUCUACAGACUCGUUGGUUGAGAUCUACCCCGGAGAGAUAGGUAGGGUCUCUGGUAUACCCGAAGAACACCUUCGAAGGAGGGUUGUAAUCUAUUCACCUGCUCGAACUGCUACUCAACAAGGAUCAGGAAAAGUUGGAAGAUGGGAAAACCCUUUGAUGGGAUGGACAUCCACAGGGGAUCCAUAUGCUAAUGUUGGUGAUGCUGCACUGAGUUUUGACAGUGAAGAAGCUGCAAAAGAAUUUGCUGAAAAACAUGGCUGGGAGUACACAGUUAAGAAGCGCCAGACACCACUUUUAAAGGCACCCUUAAUUGCAAUAUCAGUAAGUUUGGUAGUUGUUGUAGAUGGCCCUAAGAAUCGAAAAUUGUCUGAAGCUUCUGUUGCAUUGCAAUGUUUCUGGCUUCUUGAUGAUUAG